AUGCCUCACUUCUCAGUCUUGCUGUCCGCGCUGCUGCUGGGCCUGCUGUCCGCCUGGCCGGGCCGCGGGGGCCCUCUGCCCGCGCCCCAAAACGACAAGCUCGACCCGCGCUGGGAGACCCUCUUCUCUCGCACCUCGGGCCGGCUGUCCGCGGACCACAAGGACAUGGCCCUUAACUUUGAGGGUAUCUAUAGAGUGCGCCGCCUCUACUGCAACGUGGGCAUCGGCUUCCACCUCCAGGUCCUGCCCGAUGGGAGCGUCAACGGCGUGCACGACGAGACCGAAUACAGUUUGCUGCAGUUGGUGCCGGUGGAGCGGGGAGUAGUGUCCCUCUACGGCAUCAAGAGUCACUUUUUCGUGGCCAUGAACAACAGUGGCAAACUCUACAGCACGGCCACCUUCAAUGAUGAGUGCAGCUUCAAAGAAAUCCUCCUGCCUAAUAACUACAACGUCUACGAGUCCCACAAGUACUCCGGCAUGUACAUCGCCCUGAACAAAACUGGGAAACCCAAGAAAGGCAACCGUGUGAACCCCACAAUGACUAUGACCCACUUCCUGCCCAGGACCUAAGCCUCGGCUCGGGCUCGCUGCGGGAAGGGGGGCCCCCUGGCCCUCUGGCCCAACCAAACUCUGCACUUUCAAUGGAGAUUUCUACGGGAGCAGGUGUAUGUAACAUAGUUAAGUUAAUUAUUUAAAUCUG